AAUGCAGCAGUAUUUCCUGCACGCCGGAGUUAGUAGUUGUCACACGAGUACUUGAAAACAAAACACGUCAUAGGAAUACUAUUAAACAAUCAACAUUGCUCACCAAAGUUUACUUUUUUUCACCGAACGUUCAUCUAGAUAUUUUGCCAGUACGAGAACUCAGAAAGUAACUGCUACCUAAAAAUAGUUCGCUAAAAACGAUUUGUGAAAUAUUUGAGUUUAGUAACACGUCGGCUAGUGUUUGUGGUAAAACUCUUCUUGUAUUUACUUUCCUGUAACUGAACAUAACCAUUUCUUUUUUACCUUUCUGUUUGGAAUAGUUUUCUUGCGCGUUCCCAUUAGCACCAAAAAUGGCUGAAAAAACAGCAGAACUCGAAGUCUUGGACAGCAGUAGCCAAUUCACCACCAACUUAUACAACGUUUUGGCCGAAACAUCGCCAGGAAAUAUAAUUUUUUCUCCUAUCAGCGUUCAUGCUGUUCUUUCCAUGGCUUACCAGGGCGCUCAAGGUACAACUGCUCAAAAGUUUGCUUCCACAUUGAAAAUACCUGAAGCUAAAGUUGCUAGAGAUGGUUACAAUGUGAUAAUGAACCACCUGAAUUCUGUUCCCAACGUUACACUUUUGAUGGCUAAUAAAGUUUACCUUAUGGAGGGUCAUACGCUUUUACCAGACUUCAGCGACGCUGUCACUAAAAGCUUUCUAUCUGAAGUGCAGUUACUUAAUUUUGGUGCGAAUGAAGCAGCCGCUGUAACUAUCAACUCUUGGGUUGAAGAGAAAACAAACGAAAAAAUCAAAGAUUUAGUAAAGAAACAGGAUUUAAGUGAAUCCACACGUUUAGUACUUGUAAACGCUAUCCAUUUCAAAGGCAACUGGAUGCAUAAAUUUAACAAGGAAGCCACCACAAUGGAACCAUUCUAUCUCAAUGAUAAAGAUUCAGUAGAUGUGCAAAUGAUGCAUAUGAAGAGGAAGUUCCACUAUAAAGCUGUUAAAGAAUUGGAAGCUGAAAUUCUAGAGAUACCUUACACUAAUGACAACCUCAGCAUGGUCAUUAUUUUGCCCUUCAAAAGAGAUCAAAUUCUGGAAUUGGAAAAGAAGCUGGCUACGGUAAACUUUACUGAAAUCAUAAACAAGCUGUGGAACAUUGAAGUUACUGUUGCCUUGCCAAGAUUCAAAAUUGAACAAACAAUUGAUUUACAAGAUUCUUUAACUAAGGUUGGACUGGGUGAAAUAUUUACUCCUGCAGCUAAUUUCAGUGGCAUGAUUACGUCAAAAGAGCCACUAUAUGUGAGCAAAGUUAUACAGAAAGCUUUUAUUGAAGUAAAUGAAGAAGGGGCUGAGGCAGCAGCAGCUACUGCAAUGAUGUUUGAGACUUAUAGUUGUGUGGUGGGCCCAGAUAUUUUCUUCACUGCUGACCAUCCGUUCAUUUUAAUGUUGUUGGAAAGAUCUUCUGGAAGACCCAAUAUUUUGUUUACUGGAAAAAUCAUAAACCCGCAGCUUUAGGCAUCGAUUUUUUUUUUUUUUUUGGAACAGAAGAAUGUAGUUAAGUUAGGAAAUAAACGUCUAUAUUAUUUACUCCU